UUCAGUUGCCGUCCAACUGCCGCGUAUUCGGAACGCUCCUCGCGCAUCCGAGCCGGUUCCGCCAAGCAUAUCCAAAGCCAUUUUCGAACGGUGUGCGCGAAUCGCUCAUUAAACCCAAAUGGGUGUACAAUAAAAAGUUUUAGUCCCGGCCAUUGAAAAGUGUGUGUGCUCUACUUGUUCCUUUAUUAUUAUUUUCUCCAAGCCAUUGUCAUCGCUUUUUGCGUGCAACGUGUGGCGUUGUGUGGCACGGUGUGGUGUGAGUGGCCGAUUGCGAGUGCGUCGCUUAAAUGCCAAUUAAAGUGGCAGGCGUUUAAUCAAGUCAAGUCCCAGUCUUCGUCCCCGUCUCCAACGCCGACGACGGUGUGACAAAAGAGUCUGCAGAGGAGUCCUUGGCAUAGCUCCACUCUUCAUUUCCCUCGACAUUCUCGGCAGGCAGCGCACAUUCACGAAAUUCCCAGUGAAAACAUAGCCAUAAAUUAACAACUAAUUCAAUUAACUGCUGACAACGUCAACGAGCGCCGCUUGGUUGCAGCUUGGGAACAGGUCCUUUGCCACGAGGCAGGCCAGAAGGAAGUCAGGAAAAGUCACUGCAUCGCCGCAGGAUAUGCGACAGGCUGCCUAGGAGGAAUUCCUUGUGCCAGCCUCCUCCCAUCACGCGGACGCAGUGCAGCAGUUCCACGACGACCAUGAGCGACCAGAUUGGCAACCCCAAUGCAACAUUCAGUGGCAGUGGCAGUGGCAGUGGCACCAACGUCGCCUCCAUCGCCGAAAGUGUGGCGGAGAGCGGACCGGACUUCGAUGCACUUCGGGCCGCCUGCGAAACGCGGCUAAAUGCCAGCGGUCAACUGGCGGGCUCCGGAGGACCAGGCGCAGAAGCAGGAACCCACUGUGCCGGCACCUUUGAUGGCUGGCUUUGUUGGCCGGAUACGGCUGUCGGCACUUCCGCCUACGAACUCUGCCCGGACUUCAUCACGGGAUUCGAUCCAGCAAGAUAUGCCCACAAGGAAUGCGGUCUCGAUGGCGAGUGGUUCAAGCAUCCGCUGACCAAUAAAACAUGGUCCAACUACACAACCUGCGUAAAUCUCGAAGACCUCAACUGGAGGCACACAGUGAAUCUGAUCUCCGAGGUUGGCUACGGCACCUCACUGCUGGCCAUUCUGCUGUCGUUGGCCAUAUUGGGUUAUUUCAAAUCCCUGAAGUGCGCCCGCAUCACGCUGCACAUGAAUCUGUUCGCCUCGUUCGCUGCCAAUAACUCGUUGUGGCUGGUCUGGUACCUGCUGGUCAUGCCGAAUUCGGAGCUACUGCAUCAGAGUCCGAUGCGCUGCGUUGCCCUGCACAUAACGCUACACUACUUCCUCCUGUCCAAUUACUCCUGGAUGCUCUGCGAGGGAUUCUAUCUGCACACCGUCCUCGUCGCCGCAUUCAUUUCCGAGAAGAGGCUGGUCAAAUGGCUCAUCGCAUUCGGCUGGGGCUCCCCGGCCAUCGUCAUAUUCGUCUAUAGCAUGGCUCGCGGUCUGGGCGGCACGCCCGAGGACAAUCGUCACUGCUGGAUGAACCAAACCAACUACCAAAACAUUCUUAUGGUGCCUGUGUGUAUCUCCAUGUUCCUGAACCUCCUGUUCCUGUGCAACAUUGUGCGAGUGGUCCUUUUGAAACUGAAUGCCCCGGCCAGUAUUCAGGGCAGCUGCGGUCCAUCGCGAACGGUUUUGCAAGCAUUUCGGGCAACGCUGCUUUUGGUUCCUCUGCUCGGCCUCCAGUACAUCCUUACGCCCUUUCGUCCUGCACCCAAACAUCCCUGGGAGAAUACAUACGAAAUCAUCUCGGCGUUUACGGCCUCAUUUCAAGGUCUGUGCGUUGCCAUUUUGUUCUGCUUUUGCAACGGCGAGGUGAUUGCCCAAAUGAAGCGCAAGUGGCGGAUGAUGUGCUUCAGCAACCGACCGCGGACCAAUUCCUAUACAGCCACUCAGGUCUCGUUCUUUUGAUUGUAGUUCGUGCGCUGCGGACCGCCACUGCCAGGAGAGGAGAAGGUAUGACUAAAGGACAUGUCGGCCAAGCGACGCGCCUCAGCAGGACCCCAACACCACCAGCCCCAUCACCAAAGCCACCAGUUGUCCACGGAUCAGCAGAGAGCUCGCAGCCAGAGCCUGGCGAGUUCGUCGUCCUUCCUGGAAGGCUGGCGCGACCGGAUGCCGUUCCUGAAACGGCGACAAACUAUCGACCACUCCCGCCAGAGCCAGCCACUCAUGGAGGAGGGCGGAGAGACCGUUGGCCAGGCCAAAUCCGCGCCAGGUGCCGUUGACAGGCCGACAUUGAUGACGACCAUUGCGGAAGAUGUUGCCGAGACAGGAACGGCAGCAACAUCGCACGCAGCUUCAACAUCCGACGCAGCAGCAGCAGCAGCAGUAGGAGCAGGAGGUGCAACUGGAGCGGAGGAGGGCCAUCCCAAUGGCAUGGGCACUGUCAUCGUUCGCAUGGAGAGAGCUGGCCAACAGCAUAUGGCCGAUGAGGCGCUUUAGGUUAAACCCUUCGAGUCACACAACAUCUCAUAGUUUAAGCCACAGUUAUACCAAAACCGAAACAGGUCAAGAACCCAAAAAUCAAACCCCACCAAAAGCUACAGCCCAUUGAACCCAGUUAGUAUCGCCAGGCAUGUUCCUGAAAUAGAGUUUCUAAAAUAAAUAAACGGGUGCCCAAAAGUGGUCAAUGUCAUUGUUGUUAAAUGUUCAGAGGCACUGCCGAUAAAGAAGCCCAGCUAAAAUCUUAAAAGUAACAUUUUCAUUAGCUAAAUUUGCAUUUUUCCUAAAUUUGCCAUGCAUAUUUUAUAGUCUAUUUGGUAGACACCCGAGAUAUUGUUACGAAACUUUCGGAAAACUUCAAAGCACCCAGAAUAAGUUCCUUAGCCAGCUAGGCUGAUGUACAAUAUAUUUUGCAACAAUUUGCGCCAUGCUAAAUGUUAAGUUUUAAUAGUAUAUACAGAAGCAGUUUUCCUUGGUUUCCUCAGAAUGCGAAAUGCGAAAUAAAUUUCAGCCUUUUGCCGGCAACGGACCCACUUGAAUGAGAACAUAUUUAUUGUACCUAUGAAUGUAAGAAUUUAUGUGGAUAUUAAAUAUCAUUGUUGUCUUAAGUGUUAAGUGUAUCCUAGGACUAGUGCCCCGAACACCCUCCUCCCCAAAAAAUAUAUAUAUAUCUCUAUCUCUCUCUGUGGUAAGCUGAGCUUUCUGGCAAUCGCUUUUAGUGUGUCUAUGAAUGUACGCAAAUGUAAUAAAAUUUUAAUUAUAUCUACG